AUGAACAAAACAAACCCAAAGAUAUUAACGACAUUUAUAAUACUCCUGAUAAGUCUUAUUUUCAUCCUUCAGUUUACAAGUCCAAUUCAAUCAGCUAAUAUUGGACAUUUACAAAAAAGACAAGAUCCGCCACCGGAUAAUCAUAACCCAGCACCAAAGCCUGAUAACCCACCACCAAAGCCUGAUAACCCACCACCAAAGCCUGAUAACCCAGCACCAAAGCCUGAUAACCCAGCACCAAAGCCUGAUAACCCAGCACCAAAGCCUGAUAAUCCAGCACCAAGUCCUGAUAAGCCAGCACCAAGUCCUGAUAAGCCAGCACCAAGUCCUGAUAAUCCAGCACCAAGUCCUGAUAAGCCAGCACCAAGUCCUGAUAAUCCAGCACCAAGUCCUGAUAAGCCAGCACCAAGUCCUGAUAAUCCAGCACCAAGUCCUGAUAAGCCAGCACCAAGUCCUGAUAAUCCAGCACCAAGUCCUGAUAAGCCAGCACCAAGUCCUGAUAAUCCAGCACCAA